AGCAGGCGGAAGAUCAUGUGAUGUUUAAGCCGUAGCUGUCUGGAAGCUGCUGCUAAAUUGGAGCUGAAUAUCAGAGCACACAACUAACUCUCCCUCUCUUUCCAGAGGAAGACAGAUCCAAAACCACCAGGACUAGGAUGUCUUACGGAUCCAUUGAUGGAGGCUCCUUUGGAGGCAGCCGAAACCCCUUCGGAGGCCCCAAGAGGCAGGGCUACCAACCAGUAGCAACACAGGUCAGCUCCUCAGAGCUGCAAGAUGUGUUUCAAGAGACCUCCUCUAACAUUUUCCAGAUCAACGCAAAUGUUGUAACAUUAGAGAAGAGUCUUCAAUCAUUGGGAACGUCCAGAGACACUGCUGAACUGCGACAGAGCCUACAUUCUACACAGCAGCAAACCAACAAAGUCAUCACCAGCACCAGUCAACUCAUCAAACAACUCUCUGACAUCAUCACUGGCUCUACACGGGUUAAACAAGAUCGUCUUCGCCUGACUAGACUUAAGACAGAACUCUCAGAGUCGGUUCAACGCUAUGGAGAUCUGCAAAAGAAAAUUGCAGACCGUUCGAGGGCCUUGCUACCCCCGGCACAGACAGAAAUGAAGCAGAGUCCCCAGACUCCGUUUGCAGAGCUGUGUGAGGAGGAGGGUCCCCUGUUUGGCGGUGCAGCAGGGAGCUCCGAGGGGGAUGGACAGGAGAAAGCGUUCCUCUCAGAGAUCAGUGAGGAAGACGUGGAGGCCCUUCGCCAGAGAGAAGAGGCCCUGCUGCAGAUUGAGAGGGACAUGUUGGAUGUCAGCCAAAUCAUGCGAGAUCUGGCCAGUAUGGUGUACGAGCAGGGAGAUGCCAUAGAUAGCAUUGAGGACCACAUUCAGACCACCACAUCCAACGUGGAGUCAGCCAAUCAGGAGCUAGCAAAGGCCAGCCAUCACCAGAAAGCCUGUUUCGAGUCUCAGAAGAUGAAUUGCUUUGAAGCGAGUCAGGAUUUAAAGACUCCAGACCCAGCUCUGGUCUAACGCAGCCGCUCUCACUGCCUUUGUAGCGGAGAAACGGGGAGGAAAAAAGAGAAAGAAAAAGCAUUUGAAAACAACAUUCUGGUGUCCCCUCCCUGCUCUGACACAUCACCCAUCGCCCGAGGAGGCUAGGAGCCAGAGAAAUAUAGAAAUAUCUCUAACCCCUGCUCUGACACAUCACCCAUCGCCCGAGGAGGCUAGGAGCCAGGGAAAUAUAGAAAUAUCUCUAACCCCUGCUCUGACACAUCACCCAUCGCCCGAGGAGACUAGGAGCCAGAGAAAUAUAGAAAUAUCUCUAACCCCUGCUCUGACACAUCACCUAUCGCCUGAGGAGGCUAGGAGCCAGGGAAAUAUAGAAAUAUCUCUAACCCCUGCUCUGACACAUCACCCAUCGCCCGAGGAGGCUAGGGGCCAGGGAAAUAUAGAAAUAUCUCUAACCCCUGCUCUGACACAUCACCCAUCGCCCGAGGAGGCUAGGAGCCAGAGAAAUAUAGAAAUAUCUCUAACCCCUGCUCUGACACAUCACCUAUCGCCUGAGGAGGCUAGGAGCCAGGGAAAUAUAGAAAUAUCUCUAACCCCUACUCUGACACAUCACCCAUCGCCCGAGGAGGCUAGGAGCCAGGGAAAUAUAGAAAUAUCUCUAACCGCUGCUCUGACACAUCACUCAUUGCCUGAGGAGGCUAGGAGCCAGGGAAAUAUAGAAAUAUCUCUAACCCCUGCUCUGACACAUCACCCAUCGCCUGAGGAAGCUAGGAGCCAGGGAAAUAUAGAAAUAUCUCUAACCCCUGCUCUGACACAUCACCCAUCGCCCGAGGAGGCUAGGAGCCAGGGAAAUAUAGAAAUAUCUCUAACCCCUGCUCUGACACAUCACCCAUCGCCUGAGGAGGCUAGGAGCCAGAGAAAUAUAGAAAUAUCUCUAACCCCUGCUCUGACACAUCACCCAUCGCCUGAGGAGUCUAGGAGCCAGAGAAAUAUAGAAAUAUCUCUAACCCCUGCUCUGACACAUCACCCAUCGCCUGAGGAGGCUAGCAGCCAGAGAAAUAUAGAAACAUCUCUAACCCCUGCUCUGACACAUCACCCAUCGCCCGAGGAGGCUAGGAGCCAGGGAAAUAUAGAAAUAUCUCUAACCCCUGCUCUGACACAUCACCCAUCGGCCGAGGAGGCUAGGAGCCAGAGAAAUAUAGAAAUAUCUCUAACCCCUGCUCUGACACAUCACCCAUCGCCUGAGGAGGCUAGGAGCCAGAGAAAUAUAGAAAUAUCUCUAACCCCUGCUCUGACACAUCACCCAUCGCCCGAGGAGGCUAGGAGCCAGGGAAAUAUAGAAAUACCUCUAACCCCUGUUCUCCAUUCUAGUUAUUUUCAUUUUUAUUUAUUUACCAAAGUUGAGGGUUUUUUUUUAUUCAUUCAUUUUUUUUUACUAUACAUUGAGAGUAAUGAAAAUGAGAGGAUCACACAGCUUGUGUUCUAUGCGGGAAGUUGCUUGAAGCAUUUCAAGUUUUAAAUUACACCACAGGCAAUAUUAGAAAAAAAAAAGAGGAAAGAGAGUAUGUGAAGGAAAAUAUUGUUGUUUCUGUGUUCUGUGACCAGACACUACUGGCUCUUAAUGGUUUCUCUCAUAAUCAACCACCAAGCACUUGACCAAACUCAAAUCAAGUCUUCAUGACAAGUUUUUUCUAAAAACACAUUCUGAUGUAAAAACCUAAGGUAACCCAAAAACCCAGAAUUGUGUUUCAGCCAUUUCACCUGCUAUUACGAUGGGUGCCUGGAGGAGAUGAAAUGUUUGUGUUUUUGUAUGUAUUGAAUAUGUUGCAGAUUCUAUAGUUUUCUAAUUGAAUUGAAUCUAAUCUGAUCUGAC